AUGGCGUCCCGCAAGCGUGCUCCGAGAGGCGAUGGCCCUGCUGACGAAGAGCCCGUGCCCAAGAAGGCCGCCCGCAGUGGUGGGCAUGGCGGUGCCGACCAGGACAUCGGCGGCCUCUUCCACCUCCCAGGCGGCUCGGCCCCCCCGACCAUCGGUGAGAUGCGAAACCCUGACCUGGGCGAUGCCUUGCGCAAGCCUGGUGCGCCGUGCACGUGCCAGAGGUGCAAGGCUAAGUCUGUGCCCGAGACGGUGCCCCUCUCGGUCAAUGCGUGCGACCAGUGCUAUUCCCCCAUGCCGCACUUUCACGCCCUGGGCGUGAGCUUCGUCCAGGUUUGCGGCCAGUGCAGCGCUGACAAAGAGUUCGACGAGACCUUCGAGAAGCUGAUCAAGGUGGCUGACACGGACCCCGACGAGGAGAGCGACAUGAUGUCCACCGACACGAAGGGCCUGGACCUCAAGGCUCUGGGCGAGAAGACGGGCACCAUCCCGAGUCCGUUCACUGGGGGGCAGAUGAACGACAUGGUCUUCACUAAAGACGACAGCGGGCCCUUCUUGCAGGUUAAGGUGUGGUGCAAGGUGGAGCUGGAAGGCCAGAUCGUCAACAUGAGUCCUCAGAAGCGGGUGGCGGCAAAUCAGCCUGCGACGAUGUUCGACAAAGUCCGCAAGCUCCUCACCGAGUCCCUGCCCGUGAGCCUUCGCGGGAACAAGUUCCCCCCGACCCUGGAGUUCUUGAAGAAGAAGGCAGCGGGCAGCCGCGCGGAGAUCAAGAUGGUGUCUCUGCAGAGCCUCCUGCUGGUAGCCGUGGACUCUUGGAGGCCAAUGCCGCGUCUGGCCACGGUGCGGCCUCGCCUGCUGCGACGGGCGCGCGGGCCCCCGACGCAGGAGAAGGCGAUCGACCUCAUCAACCGAUUGGGUGCUGGCCAGGUUCUCCAGGGUAAGUACAACGGCUCCGACGUCUAUGCAGCAACGCGUUUCGAGGACUCGGCGAAGGUCGACUCUUGCAUCUCGAACGUUCGGCGCGCCAGGCUCAAGUACGAGCAAGCAUACAAGAUUGUGAACCCAGGAUCCGUGGAAAAGGGCGUCUUGUUCAAGACCCUGGGUGAGCUCAAGAAGAAGGGGAUGGUAUUCCCGCCAGCCUACGCGGUGAAGCUGGUCCAACUACGAGUCAAGAGCGCCAGCGUCACGGAGGACAUCGCUGAUGCGAUCAUGCCUUUCAGCAUUGAUGGCCUAGAGGAUUUCGCUGACGAUUUGGAUGGCGACGGCGGCGGCUCCAACUUCGAUUGCCUGAACCCUCGCCUGCGGGAUAUCCCUACACCUGAGCCAGCUGCCUUCGUCGCCAGGUUUCGGGCGGUGGCCUCGGAGUACGUCGUGAUGCCCUUGGUCAAGCAAGGCCAGUCGGGGAGGUAUCUCAAUGCGAGGUUAGUCGACGAUAUGGAACACAUCUUGGAAGACGCGACCGUCGACAAGUAUGCAGGCACGCCACAGGAUUACGACAUUCUCAAGAACUGUGCCCUGGAGUUGAUUACCAUCCUGCGCCUUCUGGGGUCACUUGACGCGCCAGGGGUCGACAAGCUUGUGAACUUGGACAGCCUGAUUGUGAAGAAGUUCUUGGAUGGGAGUUUGGACAAGUGCUGGCAGACCGCCAAGCAGGACAUCGAGGACAGCAAGUUCUGGGCUCCAGCGCUGGCACUUUUUAUGAGACACAGGGCGGACGAGUUCGACCUCGCUCCCAAGGUUGUCCACCUGAUGAAAACGCUUGAUGGCAUUCCGAGUGGGGACAAGCAGGAGUUCUUCAAGGGCAACGUGGCUGAGUUGACACGCAUUGCGAAGCUGUGCAGGCCGACCGCUUGCGACGUGGCGUGGGCCAAGCUGCUGGAUACCAUAAGCACGUGGCUCCGUGCCCGCAUCGCCGUCGAGGAGCUCGAAGUUAAGGAGAUGGGCGGCGUCGACCGCUUCAUCGAGGAGCUGUGCAACUCGACUAGCUUUGAGGAGUGCUCGAGUCUGAAAGAAAGGAUCGGCGUGCUGCGCAGCAUCUCCUUGGCAAAAUACGAAGACAUGAAGCAGGUCGACGGUUCCAAGCAAGCUGUGCUGGCUUUGCGGAGGUUCGCCUCUGCCCCGACCGUCGAUAACACGAACGCUCUCAAGAAGACGAUCUACCAGAGGCAGAUCCACUUCACCGACGCGGACCACAUCGAGACAGUUCGCCAUGUCAUGGUAACGGUGAACACGGCUGCCAUGGCGAGCAUUAGCAAGUACUCAGAACAGGUCUCGGUCUCCCCCGAGUGGGCCAUGGAGAUCAAGCUUCACAAGGAGCAGCUCACCCUCAUGAGCACCAGGGUCAAGGCGUUCGUCGCCGACGAAGGGUGGCCAGACACAUGCAAUACGGUUUUGGCGGACCUCCUCUCCGACAAGCUGAACACGAUCGCGAUGGCCAUCGAUCUCCUCGCAGAGGGCGGGACCGCGGAGCAGCAGGUAGUCAGCGACAACGGCUUCGAUGCAUUCCAGGCCUUGCACGCGGUGUAUCUGGAGAACGGCCGCGAGCGCUGGAAGGGGAAACUGACGCUCGACGGUUCCGCUUCUUGGUCCGACGUCGGGGUCCAGACGAAGUACGCCGAGUUCUUCCUCAUGGAGUCGACGCCCGCAGACCUCUUCGCCACCAUCGGGAAGAUGCUGGAGGACUUCAAGCGCGCGGGGAUGGCCGAGGUGACGGCGCAGCUCGGCAAGAUGGCGGACUCCGUGGACGCUCAGAAAGGAUCGGGGGAGGCAGCGAAUGUGCAAUAA